AGGUACCUCUGAAUCAGGUAACGGGUGGUUAGUUUUUUUACCAAAUUGGGCGUCCCGGCGGCGGUGAACAUACUUCCGAGAAAUUGAAGACUAUGAUAAGCAGAUUUCUUCAGCAAAUCAAUGUUAACCAAUGGAGAUCAAAGGCCAAGGAAGGAUUCCAGCACUCAUUCCUCUUUGUCAAGUUCCUCUGCCUACUGGACGUCGCCGACCGAUACGUCUGCUCUCCUCUCAUGGUCUACGGUCCGAGCAUGCUCCCGACGCUGAACAUAACAGGGGAUGUGCUGCUGGUCGAACACGUGUCUCCGUUGCUGGGGAAGGUGGGUCCUGGUGACGUCGUCCUAGUUCGAGCAACUGAUGACCCUAGAAAGAUUAUUACCAAGCGGGUUAUGGGCAUGGAGAACGAUUUCGUCACUUUCCUAUCCGAACCUGGCCUCAGUGACGGCUCUGUCACUGUAAAGGUUCCAAAGGGGCAUGUUUGGAUUCAAGGAGAUAAUAUAUAUGCAUCCAGGGAUUCAAGGCAACUUGGGCCAAUCCCAUAUGGUCUUAUUCUGGGAAAAGUCUUUUUUAGAGUAUGGCCACCAGAAGGGUUUGGGUCCUUGAGACAAGAAUUGUAGGUGUUAAAGAUGAAGAUAUGCAGAUAGAAUUUUACUAUUUGUCAAUGAACCAGAGUCUCUUUGAUGUUCCAGGAACACGAGACAAGAAACUCAACACAGGAAAACAUCAUUUUUUAAAAUGAAAACUGUUUGAGCAUUUGUCCAAAAGUUUAUCAUAGGAUCAAACACUGCAGUGAAUUAUGUAACGUAGAAAACUAGAAAUGCUACAUGCUUGCCACACAGAAUUACUUGCUCUGUCCAUACCCCAUAGUGAAUGAGUCUCCAUUGGGGGCACGAUUUGUGCUUGGAAGUAGCCGUUACAUGUAUUUUAAUUAAAUGUUUUGAUAUAAUACGCUAAAAGGGAUGUAUUUCCAAGGAGGAAUGGACAACUCGGUAUGCCAUUUUAUGUGUUUCCUUUUUACCCUCAUCCG